AAGAGAGAAAGAGGACGGGUGUUGUAUUCUGUUCUGUCUGCUUUCCUUCCAGGAAACACGUCCUGUAGCUGGAGUAACGUGUUUGUCACCGACCAAGAGAGAGAGAGAGAACUUAUUCCCAAGCACUACAACCCUCUCAUCCCAGUCCUUCUGAGCUUUUCAGGGAUAAAGCACACACUUGCUUGCACAUGAACAUGGGAAACUGGUUAAGACGAGUAAUCUGAGAUAAACGAGCGAGGAAAGAGUGUGGGAAAGAACGAGAAACAGAGACCGCAUCACGCAGACAUUCCUCAGCAGGGAGACGAGGAGAAAAAAAAACAGCCAGCGCACAUCUGGAGGAGAAAGGGGGAGGAACGGACAGGCAGAGAGCAGCAGAAGAACGGAGCGAUUUAAAGAAAGCGUGUGUGUUUAUGUGAUGGCCUUGGAGGACCAGCGUCCAGCCUUACGAGCAGCAGUGACCCCCGACUCUGAGGAAGAGGGUUAGAGACUCCCAUCAAGACUCAAGAAUGAGUGGCGAUGUCCUCUAGCUAACCUCUCACAGCGUUCAUGCCGCUCUGCGUUUCUGCAUAGCGUGCCCGUGUGCCCGUGGACGUUUCAGGAAUUCGGGCGCUCCGGCGAGUGUAUGGCCGUGCGCAGGCUGGUGAUGGUGGCGGCGGCGGUGGCCCUGCUUUCUCUGGUGCUCAACAACUUGGCAACGUUCAGCUCCAGCUGGGUGCUGCAGGUGCUGGAGGACGGACGGCGGCGGAGCGUGGGGCUCUGGAGAGUGUGUGCGCACGAGGACACACACGCUCACGAGUCCACAGCCUGCCAGAGACUCAGCUGGGGCUCGGAGCUCGCGGGGUUUCAGGAGUCACGCAGCACUGUCAAACUUCAGUUUGACAUGAUGCGGGCAUGUAACCUGAUGGCUACGGUGGCUCUGACCGUGGGUCAGCUAAUCUUCCUGUUUGGGUUACUGGAGAUAAGCCACAUUACCCAGGAUUCUCAGUGGUGGGAGGAAGCCAUCGCUGCCCUGUUCCAGUUGGCCAGUUUUGUGCUGGUGAUCGGUCUGGUGACGUUCUACAGGAUCGGCCCCUACACUCACCUGUCCUACGCCUGCUACGUUAACAUUGCUGCUUGCUUGUUUGCCACGCUAGCAGCCGCCAUGCUAAUCUGGAAUAUUCUGCAUCGCCGUGACGACUGCAUGUCUCCGUCGGUCAUAGUCAUCAGCCGAUCUCUGACCACACCCUUCAGGCCGCGCCUAGACAAUGACUAUGUAGAGUCUCCAUGCUGACACAAAGACACAUCUCACCUGAGACAAAACACAGGGAGGAUAUUUAGACGGACAGACACAAAUGCACAUGGAGAGGAUUUCUAUCAUUUUAAGUGAAACUGAUCUCCUGGACUUCAUGUUUAAGGAUGAGGGCAGUGAUCACGUGACUGCAAAAAGUGGGUUCGGACUGAAUGGAAGACUUGAAACUGAUUUAAACACAGAAGCAGCACUGUGGAUUGCGAAGAAUACAACAGACAGAUAAAGAUCAAGCUGGAUCUUGACACGUUUAUGUUCAUAAGUGCACUUAUGAGAAAGUAGAAGCACAUUCGUAUGCACACAUAUCUGUUAUAGUUCUAUGAAACAUGGAGUUUCAGAUUUCAAAAGGAGUCCAGGCAUUGAAUAUUGCUCCCAGGUCAAUUGAAUACAGUCCUUUAUAGGCCGGCAUGGAAUCUGCACUUUUAUACAUGUUCUCUGCUAACUGAAGGGGGAAAAAAAUUCUGGACAGAUUUAAAUUGGGAAAUUUUACAUGUCCAAUGAUUUUUUUUUUUGUGUGUGUGUGUUUUGCAUAAAGAAACCAAGUCUAUUUUUAGAAACAUUGCAAUAUUUUGCAUUAUGACAUUAAAUUUAUUACACAUGAGCACAUUUGCCCCCUGAUUCUCAAUAUAAUGUGUCCAGAUGCUUUACUUUUUGAGCUUUUUUUUUCUUUUCUUUUCUUAAAUUAACCAUAAAUUAAAGCAGAACAACAAAUAUAUAAAAUAUAAAACCGUGAAAUAAUGUAAUGAGAAUUCUGAGAAAAAAUAUGCUAAAUUGAAACCAUAAUUAAUUGCUUCAUUUUGUUUAAGCAAAAUGUAAUUUCUUUUUUUAACUGUCAAAUUACUCAUGGAGAUUUUUUUUUUUUCAGUAAUGAGAACUGCAGGGAAAUUUGCUUAAUUAAUUACCAUGAAAAUUUGCUUAAUUGCUUCAUUUUGUUUAUGCAAAACACAUAUAUUAUUUUAAAUUAUUGUUUUAUUUUUAUAUAUAUAUAUAUAUAUAUAUAUAUAUAUAUGACACCCAAAUAUGGUAAAAUGUGUUAAACAAAGUGAGAGUGUUAUCAAAUUAUUCCAAAAUAUUCAAUUUAUGAAUAUGUGAAAGGGACGUGAUGGAAAUCUGGAGGUGCAGAUUCUAUGCAGGUCUGGUCAUUUGGUACCAAAAUUAUUUUAAUGACUUCUGCAUGUGCAUUCAUCUGACAAUUGACAUCUGAUAUUACAUAAUCUACAAGAUGCCAAUGAGGAAACUCUGUAUAGUCACCAAUACGAAAGAAAUGAUCUGAAAGUGAUAGACUGGAACUAUAUCAGUUCAGUAAACAAUAGACUUUAAUAUUUGCUAACCUAUGCCUAUGGUACCCAUAUAUGAGUAUAAUAUAGAGCUAUAUUAAGUAUAUUAUUAAAAUUUCACAUUUCACCCUGAGUGGGACUGCUAUAAUAUUAUUAAAGAAAUAAACAUAAAGCCAUUCAACA